AUGCAGCUUUCUCAGCUUCUUUGGGCUGCCGGCCUGACUGCCCUCUGUGUUUCUGCCCACCCGGAGGUUGUCGAUCACUCUCAGGUUGCGCACCACCGCACGCAUCAUGUUGGUACCCGAUCUACCGCCUGUGCAGCGAAGCUACAGACCCGACGCGAAGCCACUCUUAGGAGACGCCAAGCGCACUUUGCGAAGCGUCAAGUCGCUCGUGGUCUGUCUAGCAGCCACUCCCUAAAAGCGCGUAAUGUGUUUGAUACCAUCCAAAACACCACUUGCGUCCUCGCUCCUGAGACCGUCUGGGGUCCUUAUGGCAUUGACGGCGAGCUUCACCGUCACGACGUUCGUGAAGGUCAAGCUGGAGUAGAUCUAUACCUCGAUAUUGGUAUUAUUGACGUCGAGACUUGCGAACCUCUCCCCGAUGCUUGGUUGUCUAUCUGGGCUUGCAAUGCCACCGGAAACUAUGCUGGAUUCACGGGUAUCGAUCCAGAUACAGCCUCUACCCUGGACGGCUGGACCACCCGCACUGACGGCACCACGGAUGACAAGACAUUCCUCCGUGGUAUCUCCCGGACCGAUUCAGCUGGCAUGACUGAGUUCCUGACGAUCUUCCCCGGCUACUACAUCUCCCGAACUACCCAUAUUCACGUCACCGUCCAGACCAACGUGACGGGUAAGGAUACCAGCUACAGUGCUGCUGGCGUGCAGCACCUGGGACAGCUCUUCUUCGACGAGGACCUCAUCAACUCGGUCUACCAGCUCACCCCCUACAAGGCUCACCUUUCGACUUUGAACCGUACCACCAACUCCGAGGAUACGCUUUACUCCAGUGCCAAUGGAGACGGCUACUCCGCCGUAGUCGAUGUCUCCAAGCUGGGCGAUUCUCUCGCCGAUGGUCUUGUGGGAUACAUCACUAUCGGUGUCAACCGCUCUGCUACUCCUGCUGAGACUACUGGUGGCAGUGUCAAUGUUGUUGGCGCUCUGCCUACUGUGACUCCGACCCCUGGUGCUCAGGAUGCUGCUUUCGCCCUUGAUGCCUCUGAGGGCUACUUUGAGAAGAAGCGCUAG